UCCAUCAUUAUCAUGUUCCAAGAUGGCUGAUUUUGGAGGUGAUGAUUUGUUUGCUGUUUUCGAUCAUGUUGAGAGCAAGAAAGAUGAAAAAGCCUCGGAUAUUUCAGAAGGUAAUGUUAAAGACUCAGUUAAACGUAUUUUCCAACAACGAGGUGAAAAACGAGGCCUCGAUGACAGCACUGAUGGUAUACAACGUAGUGAGAUUGAGAUCGAUGGUGGUGACGAUAAAUUGAAGAAAGUUAAGAAAACAGACGAUGAAAGUUCUAUUUUGGAAUCUGUUCCUGUUGUUGAAAUUAUUUCAGUGGAUACAUUUGAAGCUUGUACUCAUGAGGUGGCAGUUCCUGAAGGUGUUACAUACACUGAGCUACAGGUUCCUACAACUAAACCAGCAAAGGAAUAUCCAUUCAUUUUGGAUCCCUUCCAAAAGGAGGCUUUGAGCUGCAUAGAAAAUACUCAGUCUGUGUUGGUUUCAGCUCAUACCUCAGCAGGAAAAACUGUCGUUGCAGAAUAUGCAAUAGCUUUAUCUCUAAGAAACAAACAACGUGUGAUUUAUACAACUCCAAUAAAGGCUCUCAGUAAUCAGAAAUAUCGUGAACUUUAUGAAGAGUUCCAGGAUGUUGGUCUAAUGACUGGUGACGUCACCAUUAAUCCCAGUGCAAGUGCUCUGGUUAUGACAACUGAGAUCUUAAGAAGCAUGUUGUACCGUGGCUCAGAGGUGAUGAGAGAAGUGGCUUGGGUUGUUUUUGAUGAGAUUCAUUACAUGAGAGACAAAGAGCGUGGUGUUGUAUGGGAGGAGACAAUUAUCUUAUUGCCUGACAAUGUUCACUACGUUUUUUUAUCUGCAACUAUUCCAAAUGCUAGUCAGUUUGCAGGAUGGAUAGCCCAUCUUCAUAAACAGCCAUGUCACGUGGUGUAUACAGAGUUUCGCCCAACCCCAUUACAACAUUAUAUUUACCCAGCUGGAGGAGAUGGUUUGUUUUUGGUUGUUGAUGAAAGUGGAAAUUUCAGGGAGGAUAACUUCCAGAAAUCUAUGGCUGUGAUUCAAGAUGGGCCUGGGUCGGGACAACAAAAAGGAAGAAAAGGAGGAACAAAAGGACCUUCAAACACGUUUAAAAUCGUGAAGAUGAUCAUGGAAAGAAAAUUUCAACCUGUUAUCGUAUUCAGUUUCAGUAAGAAAGAAUGUGAGGCGUAUGCAUUACAGAUGUCCAAGUUAGACUUCAAUACAGGGGAAGAGAAGAAACUCGUGGAGGAGGUUUUUAAUAAUGCCAUUGAUUGUUUGUCAGAUGACGACAAGAAAUUACCCCAGGUGGAGCAUGUCUUGCCCUUAUUAAAACGAGGCAUUGGCAUUCAUCACUCGGGAUUGCUUCCUAUUUUGAAAGAGACAAUUGAAAUUCUUUUUUCCGAAGGUUUAAUAAAGGCUCUGUUUGCAACAGAGACAUUCGCUCUUGGCCUAAACAUGCCCGCCAGAACAGUUGUGUUUACAAAUCCACGGAAAUUUGACGGCAAAGAUUUCAGAUGGAUAACAUCAGGUGAAUAUAUUCAAAUGUCAGGACGGGCAGGUAGACGAGGUUUGGAUGAUCGCGGUAUUGUAAUUUUGAUCAUUGAUGAAAAAAUGGGAGCUGAUGUUGGAAAGGGAUUACUAAAAGGAAGUGCUGAUCCAUUGAACAGCGCAUUCCGUCUUACUUACAACAUGGUGUUGAACUUGUUACGAGUGGAGGAAGUUAAUCCUGAAAUUAUGUUAGAACGAUCAUUUUAUCAAUACCAAAACUACGCUGCUAUUCCUGAGAUGGUUAAACGGUUGAAAGAUCUGGAAACCAAACGAGACGCUGUCGUGAUUCCAAAUGAAGAAUCCAUCUCUUCGUUUUACAAAAUAAGACAACAAUUGAAAAAACUUGGAAAUGAUAUGUUGGGUUUCAUUCAUCAACCGAAAUAUUGUCUACCAUUUAUGCAACCUGGACGUCUGGUUCAUGUCAAGCACGAAGAUAUGGAUUUUGACUGGGGUGUUGUCAUAAAUUUUCAAAAGAAAGCAAAUCAAAAGAGUGAAACAAUGUCUGAAGAAUCAUUGUACGUAUUGGAGGUUUUAGUAAACUGUUCUUUAAAACCUAAGAAGACUGCAACUGGAAGUAUUCCUAAUCCAUGCCCUCCUGGCGAGAAAGGAGAGAUGCAGGUGAUCCCAGUUCUUCUUCAGUUAGUUCAAGCUGUGAGCAGCGUGAGACUUUAUAUUCCUAAAGAUAUCAGACCACUUGAUGCAAGACAAAAUGUUGGAAAAUCAAUACAGGAGGUAAAAAAGAGAUUUAAAGAUGGUUUACCACUAUUGGAUCCAAUUGAUGAUAUGGGAAUUAAAGACGAGGGUUUAAAGUCAAUUGUUAGGAAAAUCGAGGCACUUGAACACAAGAUGUACACACAUCCCAUGGAGAAAGAUCCCGAUCGUGACUCACUUUAUGAGCUUUGUGAAACGAAAUCUAAAUUCAAUAACGAUAUAAAACUAGCGAAGAAAGAAAUUAAAAAAUGUCGAACCAUAUUACAAAUGGAUGAACUGAAGUGUAGAAAAAGAGUUUUGCGAAGACUGGGCUACUCCACAGCAGCUGAUGUUAUUGAACUCAAGGGGAGAGUAGCCUGUGAAAUAAGCAGCGCCGAUGAACUUGUGUUGACGGAGAUGAUUUUUAAUGGAGUUUUUAACGAUCUGACUGUUGAACAAUGUCCGGCAUUGUUAAGUUGUUUUGUUUUUCAAGAAAAGAGCGGGGAGAUGCCAAAAAUGACAGAAGAAUUAGCUGGGCCAUUACGACAGCUACAAGAAACAGCUCGACGUAUUGGGAAAGUUUCUCAAGAAGCCAAACUUAAUGUUGAUAUUGAAGAUUAUGUUGGCUCUUUUAAACCACAGUUAAUGGACGUUGUUUAUUCUUGGAGCAAAGGGGCUGCAUUCUCCCAAAUCUGUAAAAUGACUGACGUAUUUGAAGGUAGUGUCAUCAGAUGCAUGCGUCGUUUGGAAGAACUCCUUAGACAGAUGUGUCAAGCUGCUAAAGCUAUUGGAAACACUGAGCUCGAAAAUAAAUUUGCUGAAGGAAUUACAAAGAUCAAAAGAGAUAUCGUAUUUGCUGCCAGCCUUUACCUGUAAGCGAGGAAUUACGUCGUUUGCAAAUUGUAGAUGAAGUCUAUACCGCAGUAUUUCACGAUGAGAUGGAGUGUCUUGAUCAUUCUGUGACAUGUGAAUACCAUAAAAGACGGCAAAUGAGUGUUUGACGGGCUUGAGUGAUGGCGGAGACUGAAGGUGACGCCAUAAAGAGGACGAAUCAGAGAGAUAUAGGCAUAUAGGCAUAUAGCCUGUCUGAAAGAUCUUGCUCAUUUCUCCAGUGAAUGGUCGGUCAGGAUAUCAGCUCAUUGUCCACAUGUGUUUAUUUGCUACAAAAUAAACAAGAGAAAGCUGCAGAAAUUAUUUUUAAAACUGGAGAAAAUAACUUUAAUUUCUCUUUAAUUGAAGAAUGACUAAACAUAACUUUGUGAACAGUCGCUUAUAUGUACGUAUAUUAUCACAAAUUGUAUAGCUUUUAGUAAUAAAGGUUGA